AGUAUUGGAAUAUUAUUGGUGGAUUAUUUCGUGAUUGUAGGAACCUGCAGAGCACCUUCCUGGUUUCCCUCAUGAAAUUUCAGUUUAUGAACCUGCUAACUUGUUCUUCAAAAACAGAUGACACUGCAUUCUCAACUAUCUAUGGUUCAGAGAACAAUAGGUUUGAGUGGUCUGGACUCUGGAGCACUGUAAAAUAACAGAGAACAGUUUUCAGCUGAACUCUCCUUUCUCUACCAUACUGGCUUGAUCCAUAUUUAGAUCUUUGGUAUUUGUGUUGUUGAUCAGCAUGCUUGUCCAUAGAAGCAUUGAGAAAGAUGUAUUUGAGCCACUUGUGAUGCGUAUUUCUGAAAUUGCGCAACACUAUUUUGGGACAGUGGGCUCAUCUGAAACUGGUGAGAAGGGUCCUACAGUGCCUGAAUUUCCAGAGAAGAUCAAAUGGGAAGUGCAACAUCUCGAAGAAUUGUUUGAGGGCAUUAAAGAAGACAAGGAGGAGGUCUAUGAGGGUUUUAAGUCUGUUAGCCUUGCAAUCUCCGAGUGGCAGAGAAGAUUGGCUAUAGCAUACCAAAAUGCAGCUAGAGAUCCUCGACCUUUUGAGGGAAUGAAAUGGGCAAUGGAGUAUCAUGAGAUGUGGGUUGAAGACAAUAAUAUAAUAGGAGCUGGUGAUGAGAUAUUGGAUUUUGAUGAACAUGAGCUUUUUGAAUCACUUAGAUAUGUCAAGACUGCACAAGGUGGUUCAGAAGCUCAUCUCCUGGAAAGUAUCAAGAGUGGGAUGCAGUGCAUAAAGAAUGUGUUAGCCACCAUUCGAUCAAGAAAGGAAGCAGACAACAGGAGCUGGUGCAUUGUGGAACAGGUCUUCUCCCCGCUACUGAAACUUUUGAAAACUAUCAAUCAUCUAGUAUCAGAAGCGGCUGCCCGCAACAACAAGUCUGAGAACUAUAAGAUCCUUGUCAAGAUCGAUGCUGAAGUCAACUGCUUACAGGAUGCACUAGAUUUGAUUGAUAGAAAUAAGAAUGAGGUUUAUGAGAACUUCAGAUUAAUAGAAGAUCUCAUACUACCAUUAUUAACAUUCCUUAAGGCCACAUACAAUGAUCAAUCAGAAUCUUUGAGCUUCCUAGAUGCAGUCAAACACGGAGUGAAUUACUUGGAAGGUGUACUUGACAAGAUUGAGCAGAAGCAGCGGGAUGGAAAUGAUAAUUUCCACAUUGUCAAAGCAGCCUUCUCACCAUUGUUGACAUGCAUGUACACCUUCAGGCGCAUCUCGUUGGAAACCUUAGCCCAUGAAGAUAAAUCAGAUGCUUUUAUUCUGUUGGACAGGAUCAGAGAUGAUUUGUCACAGCUCAAAGAUGUACUUCAGAUGGUUCAAGAGAAAGAGAACGGAAUAUACAGUAACUUUGAUGCAAUUGAAGAACAUAUUGAUGAGAUUUAUGACGGACAUAUGAAUGUUGAAGGUUCCUUAAAACUUAACCAGAUGGGUGGUCUGCGAGACAAGCUCCAGUUGAUUCAUGAAGAGAUAACAAAUAUACGGGGAAAGGUGGAUGACUCUUUCAAGGUCCAGGAGGUCUCAUGCCAUGUCAUGCGCAUGGCUGCAGCACAUGAAGCUUCAUCUUCUCAUCAGUUGUCAGCAUCAAAUACCUUCUGCAUUACCAUGGAAAGUGCGCAGAUGUGGCAGCUCAAAGUUAUAAUUGAUGAACUAGAGACAAGAUUGAGACACUGCCUUCUAUGCCUUGCUGUGUUCCCAGUGGAUGCCAUCAUCAAGAAGAGACUGUUAAUUCACUGGUGGAUUGGAGAAUGUUUUGUAACUUCGGUUUCUGAAGGCAAGAGCUUCUUUAAUAAAUUGCUGCUGUCCAAUGGGUUCAUUACGCCAGUAAAGAAAUACCACUGUGACAAAGUCCACUCGUGCAAGGUGCAACCUUGGAUCCGUGGGCUACUGAUUGAAGCUGCAAAGAGCAAAGCAUUUGUUGAGCUCAGUUCAGAUGGCAGCUCCAGGAAUGACUUUACCAGGACCCGCCGUGCAUGCUUGCAUGCUGGAAAGAUCCUUACAAACUUCCAUCCUGAUGUUUUGACGAUUUACAAUAUCAAGCAACAGUAUGUAGAGUUAAACAAGACAUGGUUUUCUGAAAAGAACCGUUUGACCACUUUGCAGUUAGGACAAUGGCACGAUGCAAGUUAUGACCCUCGGGCACAUCACGUUGAGAUUAACAAUGCCAAGUUCCUAAAGCAGGUCAAAUCCUGCAAGCAGUUGAAGUACCUGAGUUUGAGAGGCAUAUCAAGAAUUGAGGCCCUUCCGAACUCAAUUGGAAAGCUCUCAAGACUUGUCAUUCUUGAUCUCAAAGCGUGCCAUAAUCUAGAGGAUCUUCCUAAAGAAAUAGUAAAACUAGUGAAGCUGGAGUACUUGGACGUUUCUGAUUGUUACCUGCUCUCAGGUAUGCCUAAAGGACUAGGCAAGCUUUUUCAACUUGAAGUUCUGAAGGGAUUUGUUCUAUCAAACGCCAAGAGCAAAGAUCUAUGCCAUCUCAAUGAACUUGUCAUGCUAAAAAAGUUACGAAAGCUGAGCAUUAGAAUUGGUUAUAGCAUAGAUAGCGGUCAGUUUGCGAAUUUUGGUGAGCUCUGUGCUCUCCGGUCGCUUACACUUAUUUGGGGGGCACACCCAAUAUCUACACACGGGAGUUCUCCAAGUCAUGCUGCUCCUCAUGCAAUGCCUUGUGUUCUCCCCUUAGGUCUUGAGAAGCUGGAGCUCCGUUGUUUUCCCCUUGUAGAAUUGCCUCACUGGGUUAGUCCUGAAAAGCUGAGAAAAUUGAAGAAGCUCUACAUCAGCGGAGGUAACAUCAGUGACCUGGGUGAUUUGAAGUCCUGGGAGGUGACUGUACUUCGGCUAAGGUUCCUCAAACAUAUGAACUAUUCAUGGACUGCCCUGCAUGAUUCAUUCAGGAAACUCGAUGUUUUGGAGGCACAUGAAUGUGAAAAUCUACAGCCCUGGCCUUCCUGCGGAAAAGGGUUAUGGCGGAAAGAACCGAAUGGAACGAUUGCACCUGUGUUGACCUGAAGUAUUGAGCUGGGUCCAAUAGGGUGCAGAAUUACUGCCUGGAAAUGGGAAUAUUGAAGGAUAUAUUUGAUCAGCAGUAUAUCUGAAUUCUGAAGACAUUGCCAAUCACUGUCUGGUAAGAUGGCAAUUGGCAAUUGUCCUGCAGCAUAUAUAAAGAUAUUAAACUUCUAACUGUGUUACAUUUCUAAGCACAAAUCCUUGCAUACUUUCACAUUGUCGAAUGUUUAUAGACUUAUUGGGCAACAUAAGUCAAAAAAUAAAAUGUACUCGUCGAUUGGUUGCAUAGGCUUGAAAGCUGCAAGUAACAAGUGAUCAACUUGUUUUGAA